AUGGCUCCCAGUAACACUCUCCUGAUCCAUAUGGAAGAGAAACUACAGCCAAAAGAAAAAAACAAACUGAGGAAGCCGGUGGUGGAGAAGAUGCGCCGGGACCGCAUCAACAGCAGCAUCGAGCAGCUGAAACUGCUCCUGGAGAAGGAGUUCCAGAGGCACCAGCCCAACUCCAAGCUGGAGAAAGCAGACAUCCUGGAAGUGGCUGUCAGCUACCUGAAGCAGCAGAGCCAGCUGCAGGACCAAACAUUCACUCCCAAGCAUGCAGAGCAGGACUUCAACAGUGGCUACCUGCGGUGCCUCAGGGAGGCCAUGCACUUUCUGUCCUACUGUGAGCCCAGGAAGGAGACUCAAGUGCAGCUCAUCAAGCACUUCUGCAAAGCUCAGAUGGGUGCAGACCUCACCUACUCUCCUGCUCUGCGCAGCUCACCUCUGUCCCCUGCUCCGUUUGCCAGAAAGCAACCUGCCCAGAAGACUGUGGCUGCUGCUCCUACCAUCUGGAGGCCCUGGUAG